AUGACCUCGAAAAUUAUAAAAAGUUUAGUCACUUUCUUUGUGUAUAGUGUAUUAUUAAUAUUUCAUACUGAAGCAGUUUCAUGGUUUCAAACUGCGAGAUAUACAUCGAGUUCUCUUUACUCGGUCGAUAAUAUUGGUUUAAACGAUAUAAGUGGAACUGUAGUAGCUUUCGCAGAUUUCAAUUCAGAUAAAUACACAGAUUUAAUAGUUUUAAGUGCUGAUCAAACAACUAUCAGCAUUUACCUUUGGGAUCAUGACUCCUACAGAUUUACUAAGGCGCCAUCAGCAGACAUAAAAAUAUCUACUGACGGAAAUAAUGCAGGCUUCUUAAUUACAAACGUAUUACCAGGAGAUUAUAAUUAUGACGGUAUCUUGGAUCUUUUGGUUAUGGGUCAAGUGAGCCCGGGCGACUCUUCUAAACAACUUUAUAUGCGCGUUUAUAUGGGUAUUGGAAAUAGUACAUUUGACCCUAAUUAUUACAAUGUUCCCUCAUCUACCGCACAGCAACCUAUUCCACUCGAUUUUUAUGGAAAGAUGAAGGUUGAUUUACUUGGGCAUCAAUUUGGUGAUAGUUCACAUAUUUCAAUAUGGAAAAAUGUAUUCAAUGCAACAACCAGAACAUUAUUCGAAGUAGUUCCAAUGCCAGUGAACGGUGCAUCUCAAAAUUGUACAAUAUCAGAUCCACAUUCGAAUGCUUUUAUAGAUCUUAACGGCGAUUGUUUGGCCGAUUUGUUCCUCACGUGCAGGGAGAGUUCUAGUGCACCAUUAACAUAUCAAAUAUGGACAAAUAUAAAGGGAGGGUUUACAUUUAGUCAGUCUGGAAAUUUGCCGGAUGGAACAGGGCAAAUAUCUUUCGCAGAUAUGGACGGAGAUGGAACGAUAGACAUGGUUUAUCCGGUCUGUUCUGGUGGCACCUGUAAAAUUCAUAUUGCAUAUAACAAACAAAUACCAUUGUGUACUGGUUCAGAAAGUGGAUGUCGUCAAUCAACAAACUUAUGCGUUGUGGAUAACAAUUUUUCCUUUAAUAUACAAACAUCUUCAAAUCAAACAUAUUCUAUAAUAGAUAUCUCGAACGAAUUACCAGAUGAUGGAGUUAUCGUAACAAAAGAAGGAAAUUUACCCAUUCCGAUUCGAAUCGGGGAUUAUAAUUUUGAUGGAUAUCCUGAUAUUCUUGUAAUUAGUUCAUCUGGUUCUACAUAUCGAGCAUCAUUAUUUCAGUCAGUCCCUUGCACAAAUCAAAAAUGUAAUUCAUUGGAAGUUGAGUCUCAAAGGCGUACAUUUACCAGAGUUGUAGAUGGAGCCUCGGCCCUAAAUGACAUCACAGACGCUAGAUCCGCUGCAUUUAUGGAUCUUGAUGAAGAUGGAACAUUGGAUAUUUUGGUUUUAAAAUCAGCAUCGUCGACUUAUAAAAGAGUUAAUAUGAUUCACAAUAAUUAUUUCAAUGACGCGUUCUUUGUUAAGACUUUAAUGCUAAACGGAGUUGCAGAGAAACAGGGAUAUGGUGUAAGCUAUUCCGGUGCAUCAUACAAAUUUACCAUUCUUGAUACGUCGGGAAUUUUGAGAGCAAACCAAGUUGCACAAUAUCCUCAAAGUGCAUAUCAAGCUUUACAAACACCUUAUUCACUUUUUGGUCUUGGGCGUACAAACAAUUAUGUCGAAUUAUUAUUUACUGGAUCUACACGUAAUCAGACUUUAUACUAUACAUCAUUUUCUGGUGUGAUUCCAAAUUCUCAGUUGAUCAUUAUACCUUAUCAACCUCCGGGUUUUUUUGAUCCUUCUUCUUGGAAGCUGGAAUUAUUUAUUCAUCCGGGUGACUGGAUACCAUGG